ACCCAAAAGGAGGCGAUUGCGCAAUUGGGAUCUGUUGGUGACCGCUGUUUCUUCGGCUUCCGUCAGGGUUAGGCGAGGGUCCGCCAUGCCGCCUCCGGGUCAAGUCCGGCUCCCAGACCGGGAUGCGCUGAAGCUCCGCGUCCGCAGCCUGAUCAGCUCCCACUGGGUGAUGAUCUUCAGCAAGAGCUACUGUCCGUUCUGCAGGAAGGUGAAAGAUCUCUUUAAUUCUCUGGGAGUAGAAUACACUGCUCUGGAACUUGACAAGAUUGAUGAUGGACCUAGUAUUCAGGAAGUAUUACUAGAACUGACGAGCCAAAGGACUGUCCCCAAUGUGUUUAUAAAUGGAAACCAUGUUGGUGGAUGUGAUCAAACUUUUCAAGCUUACCACAAUGGUACAUUGCAGAAGCUUUUAGGGAAUGGAAAGGGUGAAGCGAUGGAAUCUUACGAUUAUGACCUAAUUGUUAUUGGUGGUGGAUCUGGUGGACUUGCUUGUUCCAAGGAAGCUGCCACCUUAGGGAAGAAGGUCAUGGUCUUAGACUAUGUUGUACCAACACCAUUGGGUACUACUUGGGGGCUUGGUGGCACUUGUGUAAAUGUUGGUUGCAUUCCCAAGAAGCUGAUGCAUCAAACAGCUUUAUUAGGUCAGGCACUGCAAGAUUCAAGGAAGUUUGGCUGGGAGUAUGAUCAGCAAGUUAAACACAAUUGGGAAGCCAUGAUUGAAGCAAUUCAAAAUUAUAUAGGAUCUUUGAACUGGGGAUAUCGGGUGGCUUUACGUGAGAAGACUGUGACAUACCUCAAUGCCUAUGGAGAAUUUAUUGGACCACAUAAGAUCAAGGCAACAAAUAGAAAAGGACAAGAAACUUUCUACACAGCUCAGGCAUUUGUUAUUGCUACUGGAGAAAGGCCACGAUAUUUGGGUAUCCCAGGAGACAGAGAAUAUUGUAUUACAAGCGAUGACCUCUUCUCCCUUCCCUACUGCCCUGGAAGGACUCUAAUUGUGGGAGCUUCUUAUGUAGCUCUGGAAUGUGCAGGUUUUCUUGCUGGCCUGGGUUUGGAUGUCACAGUUAUGGUGCGCUCAAUCCUUCUUCGUGGCUUUGAUCAAGAAAUGGCAGAGAAAGCAGGUGCCUACAUGGAAACACACGGAGUAAAAUUCAUCAGAAAGUUUGUUCCUGUUGAGGUUAUAAAGCUGGAGGAUGGCAUGCCCGGAAAACUCAAAGUAACUGCAAAAUCCACUGAAGGAUCACAAAUUAUUGAAGGCGAAUAUAACACUGUUUUGAUAGCUAUUGGCCGUGAUGCUUGCACCAGAGGUAUCGGCUUGGAUAAAAUUGGUGUGAAAAUCAAUGAAAAGAAUGGGAAAAUACCUGUGAAUGAUGAAGAACAAACCAAUGUACCUUACGUCUAUGGGAUUGGGGAUAUUUUGGAAGGAAAGCCAGAACUUACACCAGUUGCCAUACAGGCUGGCAAGCUAUUAGCACGAAGACUUUUUGGAGGAGGUUCUGUAAAGUGUGAUUAUGUCAAUGUGCCAACUACAGUGUUUACACCUUUGGAAUAUGGUUGUUGUGGCUUACCAGAAGAGCAAGCUAUUGAACGAUUUGGACAAGAUAAUAUAGAGGUAUAUCACAGUUUCUUCUGGCCACUUGAAUGGACAAUACCCAGUAGAGACAACAAUACCUGUUAUGCAAAAGUAAUAUGCAGUAAGCUUAACAAUAACCGUGUAAUAGGAUUACAUGUUCUCGGACCUAAUGCUGGGGAAAUAACCCAAGGUUUUGGGGCUGCAAUGAAAUGUGGUAUCACAAAAGAAUUACUUGAUGAAACAAUUGGCAUACAUCCAACUUGCGCAGAGGUAUUCACUACAAUGGAAAUUACCAAAUCUUCAGGACAAGAUAUCACUCAGAGUGGUUGCUGAGGUUAAACCCUGCUGUUUAAACUGUUCUCUGUUGGUCCACUUACCUAUUGGAAGUUUCAUAAUGCAUACCAAAAGACACGGGUAAAUAAGUAAUAUGUGAUUGUAGUAUUUUAGUACUACAGGUGAUGCAUUUCUGAAACUUCCAUAAAAGAUAGUGGUCGCUGCAGAAAUAGUAAACAGCAGGGUGUGAACAUUAAUCCUGACGUGUUUAGAAUGGCACGCAAGUGUAUUUUUGAAGUUAUGGUUCUGAACCUCAUCUGGAGGCGAGUCAUAGCUGAUGAUUUCUAUGCAAAGUUGGGAAAACCUAUUCGUCCAUUCAAACAAGUAGAAAAAUUUCUUCCAGAGGAACUUCUGAAUUGCAGAAGUGGAAUUUCUUAGUUUUAGUGGUUUUGUAUGAACACUCAGGCACAGCUGAAUGUAUGAUUGAUAAUUUUGCUAGCAUCUCCUGUUAACUUAGUUGAGAUACUAGUGCAUUUUGUUAAUUGUUAACAUGAACGCUGAGGUUUGUUUGCAUUUUUUAUAAAUAGUUCAUAUAGUAAAAAAUCUGUUUUAUUCCACUGUGCAUCAACGCUCCCAAGACAUGUAAUGUGUUAUU